AUGGCGCUCAAGAUCUUCAGUGCGAGAUCGUAUUUGAUCAACGAAUACGCCAGAACCGCGUAUAAAAAGGGGGUUGUCCUGAAAUUGAUGGGCCAACACGGUGCGGCAAGUAAGCGGUUUGAGGAGGCGUACCAAAUCUUCAAGAGAUUACGACCGCAGGAUCAUCGUACAGCGGAAGAUCUGACCGAGCGUGAUUUUGAUCAGCUCGUUGGAUUCUGGUCGCGCUAA